CAAAUUCUCUUUCCAUUCCUCUUAAUAGGCUUUACGUUCGCGGUAAAACUUACCUCUUUAGAUUUUCUGACCAAGACAUUUAUUUACUCCCAGCUAACUCCUGUAGUUCGCUCCUCUGCACGCUAAUAUUAUUGUAGGCAAACAAUAAACAUUGUAACAUUGUCAGUGUCAGAGGGUUAGUCAACCAAGUUGGCUAUUUAAGAAUAAAAGCAAUAGACUUUAUCCAAAUAGCCUAAGUAAUUAGAAUAGAAUUGCCAAUAUUGAAAGGGGAGUUAAAAAGAGUUAGCCUAAUCAAGAAAGACCAUUUGGGAAAAUAGUCCAGUGUCGCGGGAAUCCAUUUCAGAUAGCGAUUUGAAUGCAGAGAGGGUCGAACAAUUACUAAAAUAUGUACUUUCUAAUUUCACGAAUUGCGUCUUAUCUAUCACUCAAGCUGUAAAACGAUCUAGAAAUGUGUAUUUGAAGGCCAAAUGUGUCGGCUGCGCAUUAAAGUUUGGAUAAAAAAGUUGACAUUUUUCUUUCUCCUUUAGACACUUGCUACGUGAGAAUAGGAAAGUUUCUAUAUCUUUGGUCUGAUAACUUCGUGUUUUGGCUUUCAACCUCUUCAAGAAGUCAUUAAAUCCACUCGUAAUUAUUUUGAAGACAUUUUUUAUUUUAGCCAAGAUAUUUAGCAGAAGAAACAGCCACCUAAUCAGUUGUUGGUGACCAGAUUCCUCGCGGAGAUUUCACCCGAUGCAAGCUGGGUUUAAAUAUCUUUGUAUAUAAUUUGGUCUGUGGGGUAAGUUGUGUGUGGGGUAACCUACAUUUGCCACUGGUGCUUCAGAUGUGAACACUUUAGCUAAGCAAGAUUUACUUCAAAUGUGUUACUUUCAUUGAUAUAGGCUAGGCCUAUUAUACAAUGAUUGUUUUACAAAUUAUGCCUGAAUGUUCUCUUCAUCGAAAGUUCUUUUCCAUCUACACUCAAAUAUCAAGCAUGAUUUUAAUGCAUAUGCAAAGGCUAAUCAUUCUGAUACUGGGUGAUUCCUAAUAUAAGACAUGUUGAAGCUUUUGAGAACACUGUUGUUGUUUUACAACUUUUAUUGGUGUCUUAUUGCUUCCCAAGCCUGCCUCUGAAUCUUUACCUCUCUAUUAUCAGUACUCGACCAGGAAUACAGCAUAUUCAGAAUACAAGAACAUAGGCUACUCAGUAUCAACAUGGAGAGACACAUGCAUUGCAAUUUGCAAAUGAUUUUUAGCCUUAGGAAAAUAUUGCAAACAUUCUCAUGCUAUCUGUGUUUAUAACCCUUUGUGAAGUUAAUUGUUGAUCUAUUAAACAUGACUGUUAAACCAGCAGUUAGGCUACCGGUACUCAACAAAACUGCUUUCAUCUGAUUAUUCUGGAGGAAUUUUGAGAGACUAAAACGUCACUUUUGUAGACUGUCAUCUGUGAAGCUCUACUUGUACAUAAAUGGCUGUACUCGAGGGAAUUCUCCAGAUAUCUGGCACAUUCCCUCUGCUGAUUGCGGUGCUGUGGCUGCUGUUUGUCUACCUGCACUUCUCUGGCGGGAGGGGCCCAGAGGAAGGGAAGGAACCUCCGGGCCCCAAAGCAUUGCCCUUCCUGGGUAACCUGCUGCAGCUGGAUCUGAAGCAACCCUAUAGGACACUUUGUGAGCUCUCCAAGAAGUAUGGGUCCGUCUUUACCAUUCACCUUGGUCCUAAGAAAGUGGUUGUCUUAUCAGGAUACAAGACUGUGAAGCAGGCACUUGUGAACCAUGCAGAGGAGUUUGGAGACAGAGAUAUCACCCCUCUAUUUCAUGAUAUAAACAAAGGGCAUGGGAUCCUGUUUGCCAAUGGAGACAGCUGGAAAGAAAUGCGGCGCUUUGCCCUCACGAACAUGCGGGACUUUGGGAUGGGCAAGAAAGGGAGCGAGGAGAAGAUCACAGAAGAGACUCAAAGCCUAAAAGAUGUGUUCGAAAAAUUCAACGGUGUGGCAUUUGACACAACACAGCCAGUGAACUACGCCGUCUCCAAUAUCAUCUGUGCCAUUGUGUACGGCAGGAGAUUUGAGUACGACGACCCCAAGUUUAGGGCCAUGGUCAAAAGAGCCAAUGAUAACAUUCGGCUCACAGGCUCUCCUUCAGUACAGCUCUACAAUAUGUUCCCGUGGUUAAAGCCGUGGGUAAGGAACCUGAAACAGAUACUGAUGAACGCUGAGGUCCAUGAGGAGGAGAUGAAGAGGAUCAUCAGAGAUCUCCAGGACACGCUCAACCCUCAGGAGCUGCGAGGCUUCGUCGACUCCUUCCUCGUCCGCAAGCAGAGUGCCGAGGAGUCUGGCCAAAUGGACUCCCUGUUUCACGAGAAGAACCUCAUCUACUGCGUGACCAACCUGUUUGCAGCUGGCACAGACACCACAGGAACCACUCUGCGCUGGGGGCUGCUGCUCAUGGCCAAGUACCCCCACAUACAGGAGAGAGUCCAUGAGGAGAUUGAUCGGGUGAUUGGUGGACGCCAGCCUACAAUUGGGGACAGGAAGAGCCUGCCCUACACGGACGCCGUGAUCCACGAGAUCCAGAGAGUCGCCAACAUCGUGCCUUUAAGUCUCCCUCACACCACCAGCUGUGAUACUAACUUUCAGGACUUCUUCAUCAAAAAGGGCACCACUGUGAUUCCUCUGCUCACCUCCGUGUUGAGGGAUGAAUCUGAAUGGGAAAAACCUGACACAUUUCACCCAGAACACUUCCUGGACGACCAGGGCCAGUUUGUUAGGAGAGAUGCUUUCCUUCCAUUUUCUGCAGGUCGCAGGGCGUGUUUGGGCGAGAGUCUGGCCAGGAUGGAACUCUUCCUCUUCUUCACGUCUCUUCUUCAACGCUUCCGUUUCACUCCUCCUCCCGGCGUCUCCGAGGACGAUCUGGACCUCACACCAGUUGUAGGGCUAACCCUCAACCCCUCCCCACACAAGCUGUGUGCAGUUCGGAGAUUUUAAGGGUCAUAGGUGACAACAAGAGAAGGUGCUAUACAAGCUAUAUUAAUGUGUAAAUGAUAAAAUACCAAUAACCAAAUCAUACCAAUUCAUAUUAGCUACAUAACAUGUCUAUAAUGGUUCUGUAUAUACCUUCAUGUGCUGUGAAUACAGUUAAAAUGCAUUAAAUAUUACUAUAUACCAUGCCCCAAGAGGGAUGAUGCUGUGAGAAAUCGCUUGCAUGUAUGAGGAAAAGUGGCACGGACUGUGGCUGCCUGUUGCUAUUAUACAGUAUGGUUCAAAACAAGAAAAAGGGCCAAAAUAAUGAAUAGCCCAUUCACAACAGUUACAGAAUAAGAAAUGUCUUAAAUAUUGCGAAUGGUUUGUAUAUAUUGCAGAAUUAAACAUGGGAUAGAUGUCUGAUUAUAGAUACUGUAAUAACAAAAGGAGUUCAAAUAUUUUCUACAAUGAAUGAACAAAUAUAAUGUGACUGGAUGGGUUUAAUUAAAGGUUGCCUUGACAACCUUAUUUUGACCCCACAGCUGUUCACACAUGCUCCAAAUGUUUAUUUUUUUUAAUUUGCACAACACCGUAGAUGGAAGCAGGCACAGACUUGCAUUGGCAUUUAGCCAAAUUUUUAAGAAUGCGUUUGAAACAUGUGUCCGUUGAAUUAAAAAAUCAAGUAGGCCUUGUGUGUAGCUAGCCUCACACAGUUCUUCACAAAAUAUAGUUAUAGAGUAUUGCGCUACUUCUCAACCUCUGUAUCUGGAAUUAAGAAAAUGUUAUUUUUGUUCUUACAUUCCUUGUUCUUUGUCAUGACACUUUAUAUGGGCUUAUUUUGAAAUCAAGCUCAGGACACACAUAAUCAUGAUUGUUCCCCCUGCACCAAUAAUAAAAGCAUAUACGGAACAAAAAUAAUAGAAUUAAAAGCAAUAAAAGCAAA